AUGGGCUCCGCUAAGGAGGAUGAUGAUACGUCUAAAUACUCAAUCUCGCGCGAUGUCGUUUCACAGGUGGCGCGUGUUAUUGGUUUCCUUAUACAAAUUAAGAAACCAACAACGACCAUAUUAGGAGUCCAACAGGGAAAAUACAAGGAGCCAGGGUCUCAACCCACAUUCAAGAGGGCUCCAAACCUCCAGGACUGCACUUCCUAAGCCGCCGUGCUUGAUAUUGUGUUAGACGCUCAGUUUGGCAUUGCGAUCGUUUGACUUAUUAUACCUGUUUAUGCCUCACCCACUUUUUCAUUUUUUUUUAAAAUACUAAAUCACUGAAUUCUAUCUAGCACUGCUUGUUGUGCCUAUCCAGAGGAA